CCCGUCUCCAUGGCAGCCGCGCGGGCCGGAGCGCAGCGCCGAACGCGGCCCGGGCGCCAUCGAGUCUUGGCGGCGGACGAGCAGCGAGCCUGGAUGCCGGCCGGGAGCAGAGCCUGAGCGGGACCGCUGGAGCCUGGGGGCCCGGGGGCAAUGGCUCUGCAGCUCUGGGCCCUGACCCUCCUGGGCCUGCUGGGCACGGCCUCGGGCCUGCGGCCCCGGAAGCUGGACUUCUUCCAAAGCAAGACGGAGCUGAACCACCUGGUGGUGGAUGAGGCGUCGGGCAUGGUGUACGUGGGGGCGGUGAACGCGCUCUACCAGCUGAGCGCCGACCUGCAGCUGGAGCAGAAGGUGGUCACGGGCCCGGCCCUGGACAACAAGAAGUGCACGCCGCCCAUCGAGAUCAGCCAGUGCCACGAGGCCGUGCUCACCGACAACGUCAACCAGCUGCUGCUGCUGGACCCGCCGGGCAAGCGCCUGGUGGAGUGCGGCAGCCUCUUCAAGGGCAUCUGCGCCCUGCGCGCCCUCAGCAACAUCUCCACGCGCCUCUUCUACGAGGACAGCAGCGGCGAGCGGUCCUUCGUGGCCAGCAACGACGAGAGCGUGGCCACCGUGGGGCUGGUGAGCGCCACCGACCCGGGCGGCGAGCAGCGCAUGCUGUUCGUGGGCAAAGGCAACGGCCCGUAUGACAACGGCGUCAUCGUGAGCACCCGGCUGCUGGACCGCGUGGCGGGCCGGGAGGCCUUCGAGGCCUACACGGACCACGCCACCUACAAGGCCGGGUACCUGUCCACCAACACGCAGGAGUUCGUGGCCGCCUUCGAGGACAGCCUCUACGUCUUCUUCGUCUUCAACCAGCAGGACAAGCACCCGCUGCGCAGCCGCACGCUGCUGGCCCGCAUGUGCAAGCAGGACCCCUUCUACUACUCCUACCUGGAGAUGGAGCUGCAGUGCCUGGACCCCGCCGACCCGCCCACCCCCUUCAACACCUGCCUGGCCGCCUCCGCCGCCGCCUCGGGCGCCGGCAAGGUGCUCUACACUGUCUUCACCAGAGAGGACCGGGGCGGCGGGGGGCCCCGGGCCGGCCUCUGCCUGUUCCCGCUGGACGAGAUCCACGCCAAGAUGCUGGCCAUCCGCAAUGCCUGCUACACGGGCGAGCUGGAGGGCCACAAGGACGACUACUACAAGCCCUUCCAUGGCGAGAUCCAGUGCGGCGGCCCGGGCCUGGGUGCCGGCGAGAGCUUCGUGUGCGGCUCGGAGCACCUGCCCUACCCCCUGGGCAGCCGCAAGGGGCUCGUCGCCACGGCCGUGCUGCAGCGUGGAGGCCUGAACCUGACCGCCGUGACCGUAGCCACCGAGAACGGCCACACCAUUGCCUUCCUGGGCACCUCCGAUGGCCAGGUCCUCAAGGUGUACCUGGCCCCCGACGGCAGCGCCGUGGAGUACGGCUCCGUCCUCGUGGAGAUCAACAAGAGGAUCAAGCGGGACCUGGUGCUGUCUGCCAACCAGGCCAGUCUGUACGCCAUGACCCAGGACAAGGCGUUCCGGCUUCCUGUGCAGGAGUGCUCGAGCCACCUCAACUGUAAGCAGUGCCUCAGCUCCCGGGACCCCUACUGCGGCUGGUGCAUCGCCACGGGGCGAUGCACGAGGACGGCUGAGUGCCCACGGGCCGAGGAGAGCGGACACUGGCUCUGGAGCCGGGAGGAGUCCUGUGUGACCAUCACGGGGGCCCAGCCCCAGAACAUGAGCCGGCGGGCCCAGGGGGAGGUGCAGCUGACCGUCAGCCCCCUCCCGGCCCUGGGCGAGGACAAGCUGCUGUGCCUCUUCGGGGACUCUCCGGCACACCCUGCCCGUGUGGAGGGCGACUCCGUGGUGUGCAACUCCCCGAGCAACAUCCCCAGCACGCCGUCGGGCCAGGACCACGUGGCCGUGGAGAUCCAGCUCAAGUUCAAAGACAGCGAUGUCUUCCUCACCGCGCACCAGUACCCCUUCUACGACUGCGGCGAAGCCAUGAAGCUGGAGAAGAACCUGCCGUGCAUCUCCUGUGCCAGCAACCGCUGGACCUGCCAGUGGGACAUGCGCUACCACGAGUGUCGGGAGGCCUCGCCCAACCCUGAGGACGGCAUUGUGCCCGCUCACAUGGAGGACAGCUGCCCCCAGUUCCUGGACCCCAGCCCGCUGGUCAUCCCCAUGAACUACGAGACGGACGUGACCUUCCAGGGCAACAACCUGGACACCGUGAAGGUCUCCUCCCUGCACGUGGGCAGUGACCUCCCCAAGUUCGAGGUGCAGGUGAACACGCGGGGGCCAGGAACCUUCUACUUUCGGACCCCGAAGCUGUCCCAUGACGAGAACGAAACGCUGCCCUUGCACCUGUACGUCAAGUCCUACGGCAAAUACAUUGACAGCAAGCUCCAAGUGACCCUCUAUAACUGCUCCUUCGGCCGCAGCGACUGCAGCCUGUGCCUGGCCGCCGACCCCGCCUACAAGUGCGUGUGGUGCGGCGGGCAGGGCAGGUGUGUGUACGAGGCCCUGUGCAGCAACGCCACCUCCGAGUGCCCGCCGCCCGUCAUCACCGAGAUCCAGCCGGAGACAGGCCCCCUGGGUGGCGGCAUUCGCGUCACGAUCCUCGGGUCAAACUUGGGGGUCAGGGCAGAGGACGUCCAGAGCGUCACCGUGGCCGGCCGGAAUUGCGCCUUUGAGCCGGAACGGUACUCGGUGUCCACCAGGAUCGUGUGUGCCAUUGAAGCCACAGACGUGCCCCUCACGGGGGGUGUGGAGGUGGACAUCAACGGGAAGCUUGGCCACUCGCCGCCCCACGUCCAGUUCACCUACCAGGAGCCCCGACCCCUCAGCGUGGAGCCGAGGGAGGGGCCGCAGGCGGGCGGCACCACGCUGACCAUCAACGGCACCCACUUGGACACGGGCUCCAAGGAAGACGUGCGCGUGACCAUCGGUGGCGUCCCGUGUAAUGUGACGCAGUUUGGGGCGCAGCUCCAGUGUGUCACGGGCCCCCAGGCAGCCCCGGGGCAGCUGUCCUUGGAGAUCUACUACGGGGGCUCCCCAGUGCCCAGCUCCGGCAUCACCUUCACCUACCGCGAGAACCCGGUGCUGCGGGCCUUCGAGCCCCUGCGGAGCUUUGCCAGUGGCGGCCGCAGCAUCAACGUGACGGGGCAGGGCUUCAGCCUGAUCCAGAACUUCUCCAUGGUGGUCAUAGCCGAGCCUCUGCAGUCCUGGCGGCGCCGGAGGGAGGCUGGCCCCCUGCAGCCCCACACGAUCGUGGGCACGGAGUACACGCGCUACAACGACUCCAGGGUCGUGUUCCUGUCCCCGGCCGUGCCCGAGGACCCCGAGGCCUACAACCUCACGGUACUCGUGCAGAUGGACGGGCACCGGGUCCUGCUCAGGACCGAGGCCGGCGCCUUCGAGUACGUGGCCGACCCCACCUUCAAGAACUUCACUGGGGGCGUCAAGAAGCAGGUCAACAAGCUCAUCCACGCCCAGGGCACCAACCUGAACAAGGCGAUGACGCUGCAUGAGGCCGAGGCCUUUGUGGGCGCCGAGCGCUGCAUCAUGAAGACGCUGACGGAGACGGACCUGUACUGCGAGCCCCCGGAGGUGCAGCCCCCCCCUAAGCGGCGGCAGAAGCGAGACACCACACUCAACCUGCCGGAGUUCAUUGUGAAGUUCGGCUCCCGGGAGUGGGUGCUGGGCCGCGUGGAGUAUGACAGUCGUGUGAGCGAGGUGCCGCUCAGCCUCAUCCUGCCGCUGGUCAUGGUGCCCAUGGUGGCCGCCAUCGCCCUGUCUGUCUACUGCUACUGGAGGAAGAGCCAGCAGGCGGAGCGCGAGUACGAGAAGAUCCGGUCCCAGCUGGAGGGCCUGGAGGAGAGCGUGCGCGACCGCUGCAAGAAGGAGUUCACCGACCUGAUGAUCGAGAUGGAGGACCAGACGAACGACGUGAACGAGGCCGGCAUCCCGGUGCUGGACUACAAGACCUACACGGACCGCGUCUUCUUCCUGCCCUCCAAGGACGGCGACAAGGACGUGAUGAUCACGGGCCGGCUGGACAUCCCCGAGUCGCGGCGGCCCGUGGUGGAGCAGGCGCUCUACCAGUUCUCCAACCUGCUCAACAGCAAGUCCUUCCUCAUCAACUUCAUCCACACCCUGGAGAGCCAGCGGGAGUUCUCGGCGCGCGCCAAGGUGUACUUCGCAUCGCUGCUGACGGUGGCGCUGCACGGGAAGCUGGAGUACUACACGGACAUCAUGCGCACGCUCUUCCUGGAGCUCAUGGAGCAGUACGUGGUGGCCAAGAACCCCAAGCUGAUGCUGCGCAGGUCGGAGACGGUGGUGGAGAGGAUGCUGUCCAACUGGAUGUCCAUCUGUCUGUACCAGUACCUCAAGGACAGCGCCGGCGAGCCGCUCUACAAGCUCUUCAAGGCCAUCAAGCACCAGGUGGAGAAGGGCCCCGUGGACGCCGUGCAGAAGAAGGCCAAGUACACCCUCAACGACACGGGGCUGCUGGGGGACGACGUGGAGUACGCGCCCCUGACAGUGAGUGUGAUCGUCCAGGACGAAGGGGUGGACGCCAUCCCCGUCAAGGUGCUCAACUGCGACACCAUCUCCCAGGUGAAGGAGAAGAUCAUCGACCAGGUGUACCGCACGCAGCCUUGCUCCCGCUGGCCCAAGGCGGACAGCGUGGUCCUGGAGUGGCGCCCUGGGUCCACGGCCCAGAUCCUGUCUGACCUGGACCUGACCUCCCAGCGGGACGGCCGGUGGAAGCGUGUCAACACGCUCAUGCACUACAACGUCCGGGACGGAGCCACGCUCAUCCUGUCCAAGGUGGGGGUCUCCCAGCAGCCGGAGGACAACCAGCAGGACCUGCCCGGGGAGCGCCACGCCCUCCUGGAGGACGAGAACCGCGUGUGGCACCUGGUGCGGCCCACGGACGAGGUGGAGGAGGGCAAGUGCAAGCGCGGCAGCAUGAAGGAGAAGGAGCGCACCAAGGCCAUCACCGAGAUCUACCUGACCCGCCUGCUGUCCGUCAAGGGCACGCUGCAGCAGUUCGUGGACAACUUCUUCCAGAGCGUGCUGGCGCCGGGCCUGGCCGUGCCGCCCGCCGUCAAGUACUUCUUCGACUUCCUGGACGAGCAGGCGGAGAAGCACGACAUCAAGGACGAGGACACCAUCCACAUCUGGAAGACCAACAGCUUACCGCUCCGGUUCUGGGUGAACAUCCUCAAGAACCCACACUUCAUCUUCGACGUGCACGUCCACGAGGUGGUGGACGCCUCGCUGUCCGUCAUUGCGCAGACCUUCAUGGACGCCUGCACGCGCACGGAGCACAAGCUGAGCCGGGACUCGCCCAGCAACAAGCUGCUCUACGCCAAGGAGAUCUCUACCUACAAGAAGAUGGUGGAGGAUUACUACAAGGGGAUCAGACAGAUGGUGCAGGUCAGCGACCAGGACAUGAACACACACCUGGCGGAGAUCUCCCGGGCGCACACGGACUCCCUGAACACCCUCGUGGCCCUGCACCAGCUCUACCAGUACACGCAGAAGUACUACGACGAGAUCAUCAACGCCCUGGAGGAGGACCCUGCCGCCCAGAAGAUGCAGCUGGCCUACCGCCUGCAGCAGAUCGCCGCGGCCCUCGAGAACAAGGUCACCGACCUCUGACCUCCGGCACCACGGUCCCGAGGCACAGGUGUGUGAUGCCCAGUGCCGGCAUUGGGCGGCCCCUGGGGAAGGAGGCCGAAGCAAGCCGUGGGCCAGCCCUUCUCUCUCGCCGGUGGAGGAAGAGCCCCCGCCCCCCGGGACGUGCGAGUGUGGGUGCGGCGGGGACCCCACCUCCGCGUUGGUAGCCACGUAGCGUCUUUCUCCUGAGCAAUAGUGCCUGGCGCCCUCCAGCACCAGCCCUCCCGGAACACCAGCAUCGGGCGCUGUCUCCGAGUGGCGUCUCCUGAGCUCUUCGCAAAUGUGCCUUUCGCCCCGGCGCCACCCCGUGUGGCUAGGGGCAGCCGGGCCUCAGCCCCCCUUCCUGAGCACCAGCAGCCGCCCAGUGAGGGUCUGGCCUCUUUGGGGGGUCUGAGUGCCUGCAGUCCCCAGGGCCUCGAGCCCAGACUGUCUGCCGCCCGAAUGGGAGGAGAAAAGCGGUACGAUGCCUUCCUGACCUCGCCUGGCCCGUGCCCUGGGGCACCAGCAUCUGGGUGGACUCUGCGCUCCGGGCCUCACCUCCAAGGUCACGCUGGAUGUCAGACGUCGAGGCCCAGGCAGCCAGAGGGGACCCAGCAGAGGAGGUCCAGGCCUGUCAGACAGGCUGUCCUGGAGGCUCCGCCCGGUCUGUGGGGGGCCGGGAGGAGCUCGGCUAGGACACCCCCACCCCUUUUGUAAAUCAUGUUCAUUGUAAAUCAAAUACAGCCGUCUUUUUCA